CAUCUAAUAAGCAAACCACAUAAAUAGAUGAAGAUUAUUUCUUUAUAUAAUUAAGACUGUAUAACUGUUUGGGCAAAUGCAGACAGAGGGACGAAUCAUUCAUGAAAGGUUUGACUUCUUUGAAUGAUUUCUUCUACAGGGACCACCAUCACGACCACCACAGGACAAACCACACACUGCACCACUUUCAGUAGCUGUCUGUCUCCUCAUGGGUCCGUCUCUGGAGCUCUGUCCACUGCAUGGGCCGGCUCGAGUGCGUUCGGAGGGGACCGUCUGAGCAGGGCCAGUGUUGACACCACUCAGGGAAACCAACAGAGAUCCAGUUAUCUUCGCACAAUGACAGCCUUGCUGGACCCUGCUCAGAUCGAGGAGCGAGAACGCAGAAAACUCAAACAGCUGGAGCACCAGCGAGCAAUUGAGGCUCAAGUAGAGGAGCGCAGACGUCAGAAAGAGAAAGAGGAGGCCGAACGGAGAGCACAGGAACAAGAAGAGGAGAGGAGGCUUGAAAGAGAGAGACAGCAACUCCAGCAGCAGUAUAUGAAGGACUCGGAGCGACAGAGACACAGAGAGGAGGUGCAGUCUCGUAAAACGGAGGAGCUGUAUCUGAGCACUCAAAGAGCCCAAGAGGAGGCCUGUAAAGACAAACACAUCCAGAGAAUUAGAGACCUGGCCAAGAAAGGCCACGAUGUGUCCAAACUGCUGCACAGCCUGGAAGCAGACUCCGUCUCACAGGCCCUUAGUGGUGAAGAUGUCCCUGCUCCAUCAGCCAUGCUGCAGAGUCAAACCCAGAGAAUGACACCUCCUUCCACAACAUCUCCAAGAGAAGACACCGCUGUUCAGACAGAGAUGAGUGCUCCGCCUGUGAAUGAGACCGUUAGAGAUGCGGACAAACAAUCUCCCAGAGCUGCAGGAACAUGCACAGCUCCUCCAAACACUCUAAAGGGCAAGAAAUCCCAUCAAGGUGAGGUUAAAGCAUCUGAAGAGAGCCACAGCAGAGAGCAUAUGUGUGCUGCACCGAAAGAAGUCAGAGCGGACCCUAAUGAGCCUUACGCAUGGGUCAGGAACCACAGACUGGAAAAAAGGCCCGAGUGGAACACACAGAGACCCAGUAAAGCCUUCGUCCCGGCGUCUGACCGGUACCCAGAAUACUUUGUCCGCCUCUGGUCACGAACACCACCAGCAAACAUGCUUAAUCACAAACCUGAAGCACAGAGACUCAGGAGGUCUCCACAACUACAGAGUGAAAAUCAACUCCGAGAAGCAUCAGCCUUCAGUGCUGAAAGCAGCGUGACGUCUCCUCCCGUUCCUGCAGUAAAGACCCAUGUGCAUCAGCCAUCACAACAGUGCUCUCACCAAAUGACGGAGGAGACGGGGCGCCUGCUGGUAUCAGACUAUGUGCCGUACAUGCGCACAGACGAGGUGUAUCACAUGGACCCCCUCGCUCCACUCUCCAGACCCUCGACACAUGAAGCCCAGCAGAGAGACACAGUUGUGAGCGGCUGCAGGCAGGUCCAGCAUCCUCCUCAAAGCACUGAAUGGCAGCAGGCCAUCCUGAAGGGUCUGUCCGAGCUGAGACAGGGUCUGCUGCAGAGACAAAGAGAGCUCGAAACCAGUCUAAACCCUGCACUGCAAACACAACACAGGAACUACUUCUCUCCUUUUAGACCCGUGUGAUCCAGAGCUGCUUCCAAAAACAAGACCAAA